AUGGCAACUACAACCAUGCAUUUUGGCCCCGAGUGGAUGCGGGCGAAGCCACAAAAUCCUGCCGCUCGCCCCCAAGCACCUCCUUCUUCACCUCCUCCGGCAAUUUCUAAUACACAGCAACAGCAAACGAACGCGUCAACUUAUUCUGCACUCGUUACACCUGCCGCCGCACCAGAGCCUGAGAAACGUGAUGAAUGCCGUCCUUUCAGAUAUUCAAAGGAAGCCAUGCUCAGAAUCUACAAAGAAGGUGGCGGGAGAGGCGGUCUGGGACUAGAGGUGGAAAGGUGGGAGGGUAUUGUACAUGAAGUCAGCAGUGAACCCACAGGAUUGCGCGAAAUGAGCGAUGUGGAAAAGAAGCUUUUUGCUGGGCCACUUAAUUCCGAACUUCGGCGACGCCAGUCUACCGACCUUAUAAGCACGCUGUCAUCUCCAUCUGAUAGACCUAGGUUGAACCAUUCCAAUACCGGAGGAGGGAGUCCUAUGAGAGGGUUUGGUCUUAUGGGAAGGAGGAGGGACAGCACAGAUCAACCACCACUUGCACUACCUCGUAAACUGUCUGUGUCUAAUACACAAGGCAAUUCUCCACGCGACGGAGCACUGCCUUCUCCUCGUACCCGAAUAGGCGGCUUUACCUCAGGAUUCGACGGUGUUCUUAACGGUGGAGAUUCUUGGAUGGCUAGACGACGAACAUCGGAGAGUGUACUGAAAGUUGGGGGAGCAUCUACGGGGACUCGUCCGGAGAGUAGAGAAGAGGAUUCAAAAGGACAUAACAUCAAAGAAGAUGAGGAAGAACAACACCCAGUACAAAACACUGCGCUUCAGCCUAGCCCUUCUGCCGCUUCUCAAUUAUCUGCAAUCCCUGAUGCCCUGCCUCCAGACACCACAAGCAACAGUCCGAGCCCGCGAUCUGCGCUAAGUGCAGAUUCCGUGGCACAUCGUAUGACUGGAAUGAGUCUUAGUGAAACUGAGCGAACCAACGCAAACUUUCAUCCCAACCCGGUGGCCGACAGUCUGACGACAGGUCCACCACCGGGUCUGGAUCCAGCUAGCAUUGAGUGGUCGUACCUGGAUCCUCAAGGUCAAGUGCAAGGUCCUUUCAAAGCUGAUUUGAUGCAGAAAUGGUUUGAUGAGGGCUAUUUUACUCCUGACCUCCUGAUGAAGCGUACUCAUAUGGAUCGAGAAUGGACGGCGGUCGGGAUUCUCGACCAUCAGUCCGCUGGCGGCAAAAUAUUUCUUUCACAAUUUCCAACGUCCGCCGCACCUCCUGGUCUCAAUAUCCGUACCGAUUCCUCCCAGAAUUUUACCCCUGCCCAGAAUUACUCCCCCGCUCAUGAGCACAAUACAUUCAGUGGAUACCAGCCUGUGCCAACCCGGACUCUCCGUACUGCGACAUUGGACCCAUACCUUAAUAGUGCCUCUCCCUCAGAUUCCCCCUCCUCGUCCUUUGGUGGCGGGAGGUUCGGCAACGGUUCCCCCGAUACUUCUGCAUUGGCGGGGAGAGUCGGAAACCUUUAUGCUGGUGAUUCAGGACUCGGCUCCCACAGUUUCACUGGAAAUACAGGUCCGUUCGGCCCAGUUGGGGACCCCCGCUCGUCGUUCAACACCCUGGCACCCGGCAGAACUUCAUCACUGGAUACAUUCAGUACCUAUAAGAACAACAGUAACUCCCAAUGGCCACCGUCCAUGACCCAGAAUGCACAGCAUUUUAGCGGUAGUGAACAUUCCCUUGCGACUGGUUUCAACAAUGGCAUCAGCUCGGGUGUCAUGCCGGUACCUGUGCCAAUUGCGCAGAGCCACUCUUUCACACAGGAGCCCUCGUAUGGCGAUGGUACGUACAGUGCCAUGGGCAGUCUAGGUGCCUCGCAUGAUUCACCCAUCGCACGGCAGCCCGUCGAGGCAAACGGGCUAGGCUUCAACAACCUAGGGAUGAACGGCUCACCUUAUGUGCAGCACUUCCCCCAGUCCCCUGACGUGCCGCAGCAGCGCUCAUCUACAUCGCCAUUCGGUGAAGUUCUCGCGAAGGUCGCUGAAUCACCUGCCGUGCGGACACCAGUGUCUGCGGUACAGCCUGAGAAUGUAUCAUCACCUUGGGGCGCACCCGAGCCUGUUACUGUACGCCGCCCGGUAGUUGAGAUCCCUACCCCACCCCCUGUUGCCAAGGCACCUCCAGCUGCCUGGAGUCAACCUCCACAACCCGCCCGUAAUGCUCCCAAGUCAAAAGACCCUUCACCAUGGCUGACGGCCUCCCUAGGCGUUGUUGAUGAUGGAUGGCGCGAGGUUCCUGGCCCAAAUAGUCUCACUGUGAGCAACCUCGGGCAGCACAAUAAGAUGUUUGAGGAUGUGGAUGAGGAGUCCAACGUUGCUGUGUCGCCCAUUGGGGAAACGGAGGAGGAAGCUGCUACUGCACCCGUACCCGUGUCAGACAUACCUCAACCAGCGCCUGUGGCCCCGGCUCCCGCUCCCCAUAUUGAGCUCCCGGCAUUUACAGCGCCCAAGGCCAAAGCCAAAUCCACCGUUCGUGAGGCCCAAGCGCCCGCAGCUUCAGCCCCGAAAUCUACACCUCCCGCACCCAUACCCGCCUUAAAGAGCCCAUCUCCUGUUCCAAAGCCUGCGUGGGCGACUGAGGAUGAUGCGAAAAAGGGCAAGGCAUCGCUCGGUCUGCGCGAGAUCCAGGAGGCAGAGGCAAAGAAGGCAGAGGCACGUAAGGUUGCAGAACGCGAGAGGCUUGCACGCGCCAAUGUGCCGACUCCACCUGCUGUCGUCGAGGAUGCGCAACCGUUUACCGCAUCGUGGGGACUUCCAACCUCUCAAACGGGUGCACGAGCUACUGUGACACCAAGAGGUGGAGAAGCUGUGGUAACACCUGCGGCGAGUGCUCCAGUGUGGACGUCAACGAGUACAGCGCCUACCAAGAAGACGAUGAAGGAGAUCCAGGAGGAAGAAGAGCGCCGGAAGAAGAUGGGGUUAAAGGAUUCAAUGGCGGCGACAGCUGCAAGGCGCGGAUAUGCAGAGACUACUUUCAAGGUGUGUGCAAAGACCUAUGCUAGUGGUGGGGCAUGGACGACAGUUGGUUCAAAUGGCAAGACAAACGCACCCGUACCUGCUCUUGGACCCGCACCGGCGCCUGCUCGUCCGGUUGCUGCUCCAUCUGUGUCCACACAACCAGCGCCUACGCCUCGCCCCAAUGGUAUAGCAGUCCGCUCGACAUCACAGACUUUUACAAAGGCUGCUGCUGUCACACCAUCACGCAUGGACGACACGCCCGGUUCGUCUGCCAACGAUUUCCUCAAGUGGCUGAGCGAUGCAUUGAAAGGGCUCAAUCAUUCUGUGAACUUGGAAGAUAUGACACAGAUGCUACUAUCUUUUCCUCUUGACCCAGACCCUUCUACAUCAGAGAUCAUUUCCGACCUGAUUUACGCGAAUAGCACUACGCUUGAUGGGCGGAGGUUUGCGGCAGAGUUUGUUAAGCGCCGCCGGGCUAGUGGGACAGCUGGACCAGGACCGAACGGGAACGGAAAAGUGUCGAUCGCAGACGUGGUGAGGACGGCGCCACGGGCUGCUCAGCCAGAAUGGGGGUUCAAGGUGGUGAAUAAGAAGAAGAAGGGAAGGGCGUGA